AUGACGUAUAUCGAGUCUAAGUGCUUCGGAAAUUCGCACGCUGACGAUACUAAUUCCGGGGAUGCCAAAAAAUCCCCUGAUAUCUCUAAUAAUAACUUGCCCGAGGAAGAGAGGAAGAAAAUUACUAGAGCUGUGAUAAAUGUUAAUAAAAACAACUUAAUCGAAGUUAUUAUUAACAGCACUGAUCAAUUUAAUAAAGCACGUAUGAGCACUGAACAAAAAUCCCAACAAAUUUACGAGAAAUUGAUUUAUAUAGAUUUCUGCAAUCAAGACAAAAGACGUUGGGCUCCCGAAUGGAAUAAAUUAUGUAAAAUGUAUAAAUGUCUAAUGAUCAACUCGACAGGUGCUACGACAUUACCUACUUAUUAUAGGAAUCACGUUAAAAAAACUCUUCCAUUACUAAAGAGUAACAAUGUUUCCGCGGCCAAAAAAAAUUCUUUAAUAGAUAAAGUCAAAAACUCUGUUAAGGAUCAUCAAGAAAAGACAAAAAAAAACCUCCUCGAUUUUGAUCAAUAUAACCAGAAUGUUGUAAAGUUCAGACAGGACAUUGUGAAGUUUAAAGAGGCCUUGGAUGAAAAAAUUGCAAAUUCACAAGCCGCAACCACACAUUAUUGUUUCAUUGUGUCAAUACUCAUGAGUUUUUUCAACUAUCUGAGAGGUAUAAUCGCUCGAAUCGCAAAUUAUUCAGUUACUGGAACACCCUCGAUGACAUACGAAUAUAUUAUAAAAGCAUCUGAAUUGUUAGAAGAAUUUAGUGAUUCAAUAGAUGAAUUUUCCGGGAUUAAUAAUAUUCAUAUUAGAGUUUGGGAUGUUAUUAAUAGCGAACUGGAAAGUUUUUUGAGUACUAGAACUGUACUUGCCGAUGGGACAAAUAAGUAUAUUGCUUAA